AUGAGAUCUGGUGAGACUAUUAGCAAGUUUUUUCACAAUGUGUUACAUUCAAUCAUUCAACUACAUGGAGCGUUAUUGAAAAGACCUGAACCAGUUGUUGAAAACUCAACAGAUGAAAGGUGGAAAUGGUUCAAGAAUUUCUUAGGGGCACUAGAUGGAACUCAUAUUAGAGUGAGAGUACCUAUGGCUGAUAAACCAAAAUAUCGUACUCGAAAAGGUGAAAUAGCUACAAAUGUCUUAGGUGUAUGCUCCCAAGACAUGCAAUUCAUAUAUGUGUUACCUGGAUGGGAAGGCUCUGCAGCAGAUGGUAGAGUUUUACGUGAUGCCAUACGUAGAACAAAUGGUUUAUGUGUUCCAAAUGGUCAUUAUUACCUUGUAGAUGGUGGAUAUACUAAGUGUAAGGGAUUUCUUGCUCCAUAUCGAGGCCAACGCUAUCACCUAAACCAAUGGGAAGAUGGGAAUUCUCCCAAAAAUCCACAAGAGUUUUUUAAUAUGAAGCACUCAUCUGCUAGGAAUGUCAUUGAGAGAUGUUUUGGUGCAAUUAAGAAUCGAUGGGCAAUUCUUAGGAGUCCAUCAUUCUAUCCAAUAAAGACUCAAAACCGAAUCAUUUUAGCAUGUUGUUUGCUUCACAAUUUUAUUAGGAGAGAAAUGCCUACUGAUAAUAGUGAUAUGCAUCCAGAGAAUGAGAGUGAUAGUGGAGACGAAGAAGAUAGCAUGGAUGCUGAUGGAUCCAUAAGAAGUAUUGAAGCUUCUAAAGGGUGGACAACAUUUAGAAAUCAUUUAGCACUUGAGAUCAUGGAGACUUCAAAAGGAAGAGGUCCAGGACAAAAUAAAAGAUUUUGGAGCGAAGAUGAAGACAAACACUUGGUUGAAGCACUUAUGGAACUGAAUAAUGAAGGGAAGUUUAAAGCUGAAGGAAAUUUCAGGCCAGGUCAUCUUAGAGCUCUUGAGAUGAAAUUAAAGGAGCGGAUGCCUGCAUGUGAUAUACAAGCUAAGCCACACAUUGAGUCUAGAAUGAGGACUUUCGGAUUUGGGUGGGACAACGACAGAAAAACUGUUACUGUAGAAAAGUCAGUGUGGGAAGCAUAUUUGCAGAGUCACAAAGAAGCAACCCCCUUCAAGAUCAAGUCAUUCCCUUGGUAUGAUGACUUAUGUAUGGUUUUUGGCAAGGAUCGUGCAACUGGAAAAAAUGCAGAGACUGCAGCAGAUGUUGUUGAAGAACUUCAAACUGAAGAAGAAAACACUACUCUUGGAGAAGAUAAUUUCAACUAUGCUAACAAUGUGGAUGAAGUGCCAUCUAUGUCUGUUUCAGAUGCAACAAGAGGUGCUCAAUCUCACACUCAAUCAGAUGGGUCUUCAAAGAAGAAAAGGAAAACUGUAAAUCAUGAAGAACUUUCAGAUGCACUCACACAAUCAGCUUGUAUUAUCGCAAGAGAAAUUCAAAAAGCUUCUAUUCAUUUGAGUAAAGCUAUUGGUGAAGACAUGAAUGAAAAGCAUAUGCAACUUGGGAAAGAGUUAGAAAGGACCACUACACUUACCACAGCUCAACGUCAUAAGGUAGCUCGCAUGAUUAUGCAAGAUAAUGCUCUGGUUUCUUACUUUUUCAGUGUCCCAGAUAAUGAGAAGGAUGAAUGGGUGACACUUCUUCUUGAUGGCUCUCUCUAA